AGAGCCCGGUUUAGUUUGUGGAAAUCGCCUUCCUUAGUAAGUUAUCAACGAAUUCCAAAUGUUCAUCUACACUUUCGCGCUUUUCUGGCUGGCCGCUGCGUUCGCCAUUCGCUACAUCUACUCGUACUGGGAUCGAAAUGGAUUGUUCAGCAUCAAGCCGCAUAUCCCUUACGGCAACCUGAAAACGGUGGCUAACAGAACGGAAAACUUUGGAGUGGCCACGUGCAACCUCUAUUGGAAGUCCAAGGAACGGCUGGUUGGAAUCUACCUGUUUUUCCGACCGGCCAUUCUGGUUCGAGAUGCUCACCUGGCUCAGCAGAUUAUGACAACGGACUUCAGUCACUUCCACGACCGUGGCGUCUUCUGCAAUGAGGAAGUCGAUCCCUUCUCCGGUAAUUUGUUUGCUCUUCCUGGCAAACGUUGGCGCAAUCUCCGGAACAAAUUCACCCCGCUCUUCACCGGAGGACAACUGCGCAGUAUGAUGCCCACAAUUCUGGACGUUGGACACAAGCUGCAGAAGUUUCUCGAGCCAUCCGCUGCGAAACAAGAAGUGUUGGAAAUUCGAGAGUUGGUGUCUCGUUGUGUGUUGGAAAUCAUUGCCUCGAUAUUUUUCGGUUUCGAAGCAAACUGCAUCAACGAUCCGGAUGACGCGUUCAUCAAAACACUGCGAGAAUCCCAGUUUGACGGCUUUUUCAACAACCUCCGUGCAUCUGCUACGUUUAUUUGCCCGGAACUUCUGAAACUCACGCGGAUACAAUCAUUGAGUCCACAGAUGAUCCAAUUCGUUACGGACAUUAUUACAAAGCAGAUCGAACAUCGCGAGAAGAACAAUGUUUCCAGAAAGGAUUUCAUUCAGCUAUUGAUCGACCUCCGCCGUGAAGAUGCCAACAACAACGAAGUUGUCCUAAACUUGGAAGAGUGUGCUGCAAACGUGUUCUUGUUCUACGUAGCCGGAUCGGAUACAUCCACGAGUGCCAUCGCUUUUACGUUGCAUGAGUUGACGCAGAACGUGGAAACCAUGCAGAAACUCCAAACGGAAAUCGAUGAAAUGUUGGUGAAAACUAACGGCGAACUGACUUACGAUGGGAUCAAGGAGAUGGCUUAUCUAGACUUUUGUGUGAAGGAAACGCUUCGAAAGUACCCGGGAUUGGCCAUUUUGAAUCGCGAAUGUACCAGAAAUUAUUCCGUUCCUGACUCAGACAUCGUGAUAAAGAAGGGAGCCCGGAUUGUGAUUCCUCUACUUGCUUACGGAAUGGAUGAAAAGUACUUCCCAGAACCGGACCGAUAUAUUCCGGAGAGGUUCGAUAAAACCACGAAGAACUACGACGAGAAGGCAUUCUAUCCCUUUGGAGAAGGUCCACGGAAUUGUAUUGCUUUCAGAAUGGGCGUGAUGGUUUCCAAGAUUUGCCUCGUUUUGCUUCUGUCCCGGUUCAACUUUGAAGCCACACGAAGUCCAAAAAUAGACUUUACUGUUUCGACGGUUGCCCUGCUGCCCAAGGGAGGUAUUCCGUUGAAGAUAUCGGUUCGUUGAAGGAUCCAUGGUGCUGUGAGGAAGGUUGGGGUAGCAGUUUACAUAAGUAAUUAUUCAUAACUGUAAAUAAAUAGCUUUAUUGGAAGCAUCCAUAAUCA